UUUCCUCUCUAGUAUCGCUACUUCCUGUUCUCUCGCACUCUGUGAAGCUUUCAGUACUCCUUAGCAGAGGAAGCCCUGUGCUCCCAUAUUCUCUAACAUACUCCUGGUUUGUUUUUAUCCCUUGUUGAGGGUGAUGCAGCUACUUUAGCAGUGGCAAUUUUAAAAAGAAAGAAAGACAGACAGAAAGAAAGAAAAAUAACUCUUUAGAGUGUUCUGUGGGACUCUUAAAAUCUUUCCUGCUCUCUUUUAUUGAGGGGGGCAAGCCCCCCCACACCUCAGUUAAAGCAAGUAUUGUAGGCCCUUGUGGUGAGGGCAAGUGGCAGGAUGACUGAUACCCGGAGGAGGGUGAAGGUGUAUACUCUGAAUGAAGAUCGACAGUGGGACGAUCGGGGCACUGGACAUGUGUCCUCUGGCUAUGUGGAAAGGCUGAAGGGCAUGUCCCUGCUUGUCAGGGCAGAGAGUGAUGGUUCUCUGCUUCUGGAGUCCAAAAUCAAUCCUAAUACUGCAUACCAGAAGCAACAGGACACUUUGAUUGUGUGGUCUGAGGCAGAGAACUAUGACCUUGCACUUAGCUUUCAAGAAAAAGCUGGAUGUGAUGAAAUAUGGGAAAAAAUAUGUCAGGUUCAAGGAAAAGACCCUUCAGUGGACAUUACGCAGGACUUGGUGGAUGAAUCUGAAGAGGAGCGCUUUGAUGAUAUGUCAUCACCAGGUCUAGAAUUGCCAUCUUGUGAAUUAAGUCGAUUAGAGGAAAUUGCGGAACUUGUAGCAUCUUCACUGCCUUCCCCAUUACGUCGUGAAAAACUUGCUCUAGCACUGGAAAAUGAGGGCUACAUUAAGAAGCUCUUAGAAAUUUUUCACGUGUGUGAAGACUUGGAAAACAUUGAAGGACUGCACCAUUUAUAUGAAAUUAUUAAGGGAAUCUUCCUUUUGAAUAGAACUGCACUUUUUGAAGUCAUGUUUUCUGAGGAAUGUAUAAUGGAUGUGAUUGGAUGUCUGGAAUAUGAUCCGUCUUUGUCACUGUCACGGAAACACAGGGAGUUUCUAACAAAAACUGCAAAAUUUAAAGAAGUUAUUCCAAUAUCAGAUCCAGAGCUAAAACAAAAAAUACAUCAAACAUACAGAGUGCAGUAUAUUCAAGAUAUGGUUCUACCGACGCCUUCGGUAUUUGAGGAAAACAUGUUAUCAACUCUUCAUUCAUUCAUCUUUUUUAAUAAAGUAGAAAUAGUUGGUAUGUUACAGGAAGAUGAAAAAUUUUUGACUGAGCUGUUUGCACAACUUACAGAUGAAGCCACAGAUGAGGAGAAAAGACAAGAAUUGGUAAACUUUCUUAAAGAGUUUUGUGCAUUUUCUCAAACAUUACAACCUCAAAACAGAGAUGCUUUUUUCAAAACAUUGUCUAACAUGGGCAUUCUUCCAGCACUAGAAGUCAUCCUAGGAAUGGAUGAUGCACAAGUGCGAAGCGCAGCUACUGAUAUAUUUUCAUAUUUGGUUGAAUACAACCCAUCUAUGGUACGAGAAUUUGUCAUGCAAGAAGCUCAGCAGAAUGAUGAUGAUAUCUUACUCAUUAACCUCAUCAUAGAACACAUGAUUUGUGAUACAGAUCCUGAACUGGGAGGAGCAGUCCAGCUGAUGGGUUUACUACGUACCUUGGUGGAUCCAGAAAAUAUGCUAGCUACUGCCAAUAAAACAGAAAAAACAGAAUUCCUGGGUUUCUUUUACAAGCAUUGUAUGCAUGUUCUCACAGCACCUCUAUUGGCCAAUACCACAGAGGAAAAACCUAGCAAAGACGACUUUCAGACAGCCCAGCUGUUGGCCUUGAUACUAGAAUUAUUAACCUUCUGCGUGGAACAUCACACAUAUCAUAUAAAAAACUACAUUAUUAACAAGGAUAUCCUUCGAAGAGUGCUAGUUUUAAUGGCUUCGAAACAUGCUUUCUUGGCAUUGUGUGCUCUGCGUUUUAAAAGAAAGAUAAUUGGGUUGAAGGACGAAUUCUACAACCGCUAUAUAAUGAAAAGUUUUUUAUUUGAACCGGUGGUCAAAGCAUUUCUCAGCAAUGGAUCCCGCUAUAAUCUGAUGAACUCUGCUAUUAUAGAAAUGUUUGAAUUCAUUAGAGUGGAAGACAUAAAAUCCUUAACAGCUCAUGUAAUUGAGAAUUACUGGAAAGCACUAGAAGAUGUAGAUUAUGUGCAGACAUUCAAAGGUUUGAAAUUGCGUUAUGAACAACAAAGGGAAAGACAAGAUAAUCCCAAACUUGACAGCAUGCGUUCCAUCUUGAGGAACCACAGAUAUCGGAGAGAUGCUAGGACCUUGGAGGAUGAAGAAGAGAUGUGGUUCAAUACUGAUGAAGACGAUAUGGAAGAUGGAGAGGCUGUGGUGCUGCCCUCUGACAAAAGUAAAAAUGACGAAGAUAUUAUGGAUCCCAUAAGUAAAUUUAUGGAAAGAAAAAAAUUUAAAGAAAGUGAAGAAAAGGAGGUCCUUCUGAAAACGAACCUUUCAGGUCGUCAGAGCCCAAGUUUUAAACUUUCCUUCUCUAGUGGUACGAAGGCUAACCUCACCAGCCAGUCAUCUGGAACUAAUUUGCCUGGGUCUCCUGGGUCACCAGGAUCUCCUGGGUCACCAGGAUCUCCUGGAUCCGUUUCCAAAAGCACAUCUCAGAUGGCAGCUAUCACUACCAAGGGAGGCCUGGUGGGGCUUGUAGAUUAUCCUGACGAUGAUGAUGAGGAUGAUGAAGAAAGUCUACCUUUGUCACAGAAAGCAAAGGUUGAGUCCUCAUAAUGACAGUUCUGAAGAGCAGCAUCAGUUGGCGGGUGAACCUGGUUUCCAGAACAGGAAAAGUCCAUAAUUAAAAACUGCAACUUUUAGUGAAUUACUGUGUGUGACACAGAUCAGUUUAAAAAUGUGGAUUCCUGCUAAUCAAGUGCCAAUUUGAAUGAGCGGCAGAAGAGGAUAUACUACACUUAAUGGGAAUGACAUGCCUUUGACCUCUCCAGCUUGGACCACGCAUUGCCCUUUUCUCAGGGAAGGAAAUGGAAAUAUAUAUAUAAAAAGCCAACAGGGCAGGAGUUUAAUAGUGGAACUCUGGAUUGGCUGGUCAGUUGCUACAAUCAGAACAUGCUUUCUUGGACCAUGUAUGAGACUUGAAGAAAAGGCUUUUCUGCCAUAAUUCUUCACUAGCUAAGAAUGCCAGCAGUUUCUUUGUAUAAAAGAGACCUGCCUUUGAAACCAUACAUUCUGAACAUUUUAGUCGAGCUACAACAGGUUUAAAAAAGAACUCUUUGGGGGAGGGCUGACCAUAAGUUUUCUUUUUUAAAAUGUGUUCCCCUUUGCCCUUUAAACUGCAGAAUUUUCUUUGGAAGUGGGGGAUUUGUCUAUCCCUUGAUUAAAAGAUUGAAUGGAAUUCUAGAUGUGGUCACUUUUUGUGUCAUAAUUUUAUUUUUAUUUUGCCCCCUGAGUGUAUGCUUAGUUGUUGAGUAUAUAUUUGGGACCAUUAAAAUUUUUGAUGUAAUAUAAUCUCAUUGUUGUGCUGGUACCUGUUUCACCU